UGGAUGGAGGAAGCAGGAAAUGAUGGUGAGGAGAGGCGGCAGGCAGGUCUGCCAGGCAGCAGUGGUCAGUCCCAGGCAAGAUGGGCUCUGUCUUGGGCUUAGCUUUGCCUCUUCUUUUCUUCUGCUGGGAGGCUGGAGUCACUGCCAGCUCUGAAGAGACCACAACUCUCGCAGUAAGGAUACCUUCCAACUUUAUGGUUGUGCAUCCCAUCCCUACGGAUACUUCAGAUACUUCUGCCACAAGUAGCAGCCCCAGGACUGGAACGAGCUCUGUCAAGCCUAGCACAGAGAGGGAUCCCAUAGAAGCCAUCUUUGACACCCUUUGUACUAAUGACAGCUCUGAAGAGGCAAGGAAGAUCGCAUCUGACCUCUUAACCUUGGCACACACCUCCACAGAAGCUGAACACCUGCACCCAGAGAGCAGAUCCUCCUCAGACAGGUCAGCUGGGGUCCUCACCAGGCCACAGGUCCUGGGACCCAGCGUCACAACUCCAGCCAAGGACUCGGUUGCUUUCAGUGUCACCCACAUUAAGCUCACCACCUGCACCACAGAAAUAGAAACAUCCAUCAUCUCUGGGAACUUAGACACAAACCAUAGCCCUACAGGGGCAACAGCCUUGUCCACUUCUGAGACACUAACUUUGCCUCAAUCCCCUGAGGCAAAACCACUUAGCCCCAAGAUCACAAGCUCACCUGGGACCCCAGCCCUUGCCUCCACCCUUGAGGGUACACUGCCUAUUAGUCAUGUCACAGAAACAGAAACAACAGUGCCUCAGAUUCCCACCUCCGGUGGAACUUUGGUGACAGUUAGUAUGAGCACACUGAAAGAGACCUCAGCAUUCUCUACUGAGACACAAAGCCACACCGAGGUCUUGGGAACAAUUACAGUCCCCUGGGCUGCCAGGUCAACAAUGGGAGAAGCAACCACCUUCACUGGAUCCUUAGCUUCAGACAGCAGUGUUUCAGCAGGGGCCACCACCAAGAGCUCUGCUACCUCAGAGGAUAUAACCAGCAGCUCCUUCCUCACAGGUAGUAGCACUCUUUCUUUUGCCUAUUCAACUACAGCUAGCACCAGCAAAAAACCAAACAUCACCUUAGCCAAGCCCACAGCAUCACCAAAGACCACAGAGAAGCCCCCAGCAUCUACACCCACUGCUGCCUGGACAAGAACCACAAAACGUGAUCCAGAAGAAGACGGAGGCUUCCUCUUUGUCAGGCUAAGUGUGGCCUCCCCUCAGGACCUCACUGAGCCAAAAGCCACAGAGAAGCUGAUACACCAGAUCAGCUGUGAACUGCACACCCACAUGCCACUUGUCCAGGUGUCCUUGCUGAAAAUCAGAAGGGGCUGAAGAGUGUUAACUGCAACCAGGCGUGUCCUCUACACCGGAAGAAGAGUAAAUGCUGCCUGUGGCCUGGACCCCAAACCGACCAAAGCCAUGGUACUGUGCCUUGGGCCCACGUGCCAUGGGAAGGUCAGCUGGCUUGACAACCCUGCCCCAUACCUGACCAUAAGACCUUGGUCCACUAUGCCUGAAUGUGUGUGCAAGCGGGGAGGGCUGGGUGUCCUUCACGUUCUCUGACUGGUUAUUGUAUUUCAGUAAAGGGAAAACUGAUCACC